AUGCAUUUUCUUCAAGCUCCAGUUCAGGGCCAUUACGAUGACAUUGAGACUGAAUCUCAGGAUGGUCAAUCACAAUUGGAAAGUAAUGCUGAUGAAUCCCUCGCACUGACAAAUGCUGACGAUGGUCUUCGUUCAGUCGGUCAAAUUCGUGGUGACUAUGACGAUGUUGAGGCUGAAGACGCUAAAUUGGAGGAAGGCCAGUUACACGUGGACAGUGAUCCUGAUGAACCCCUCACAUUGACAGAUGCUGACAAUUGUCUUUCUUCACUUGGCAGACUUGUCGACACUCAGGCUGAUAGCACAGAGACAGUGAGGCUGAGACUUGAGAAUGGAGGCAGUCCUUGUGCUGGUCGAGUGGGGAUUCACUACGAUUGGCUGUGGGGGACUGUGGAUGAUGAUAAAUGGGACCUUCUGGAUGCUUCUGUUGUUUGUCGGGAGCUGGACUGUGGGAGUGCGGUCUCUGCCCCAAGGCAGGCUUACUUUGGAGAAGGAUCCGGACCCAUUAUGACCUGGAACGUUGAGUGCAAUGGGAUCGAGCGCGCUCUGCGGGACUGUCAAUCAGUGCGAUGGGAUCACUACACCGCGUCAUACACCAACAAUGCUGGUGUCAUCUGCUCAGAUCACAUCCUUCCAAGAUUGGUGCCUGGAAAUUCCCAGUGCUUCGGCAGACUGGAGGUACAGUUCGUUAACACCUGGGAAACAGUGUGUGGUCUUGACUGGGAUUUAAAAAACGCCAACGUGGUCUGUGCACAGCUUCAUUGUGGGGUCGCCGUGUCUGUGUCAAGCUCUGCUCAUUCUGGAGGCGGUAAUGUGCUCAUGGCAUCUGAGGUCAUUCAAUGUACUGGCAACGAGACUCAUCUGGGGAAGUGCCCGCGGUCUCCAGCCAAUCACCAGGAUUGCAGUGCACACAACAAUGUCACCCUGAUAUGUUCUGGCAGACCUGUCGACACUCAGGCCGAUAGCACAGAGACGGUGAGUCUGAGACUGGAGAAUGGGAGCAGUCCUUGCGCUGGUCGAGUGGAGAUUCACUUCAUGGGUCUGUGGGGGACUGUGCAUGAUGAUUAUUGGGACAUGCAUGCUGCUACUGUUGUGUGUCGGGAGCUGGACUGUGGGAUCGCGCUUUCUGCCCCACUUGGGGCUCACUUUGGAGAAGGAUCUGGACCCAUUGUGACUAAAAUGGUUUGGUGCAAGGGGACAGAGCGCACUCUGCGGGACUGUCCAUCACAUGAAUGGGGUCACUACACCGUUCCCCAUUCCAAUGAUGCUGGUGUCAUCUGUUCAGGAAACCAUGGACCCCGAUUGGUUGGUGGGAAGAACAGGUGCUCUGGGCGAGUGGAGGUUCUGCACGGGAAGCAGUGGGGAACGCUGUGUGGUGAUUUCUUUGACUCAAAAACUGCUAGAGUAGUCUGUGAGCAUCUUCAAUGUGGGACUGUCAAGUCGAUUCACAGCGAUGAUCGAUUUGGGAGGGAAGCCGGACCAGUGUGGACGGAUAAGUACAAUUGCCAUGGAAACGCGAGACGAUUGUGGGACUGUCCAAUUUCACAGGGGGAAAUGUUCAACUGCUCCCAUGGAAAUGUCGCCAAUGUCAUCUGCUCGGGUGUGUCUGAUGAUAGUUGGUCACCAAGACUGGUGAAUGGGAGAAACCGCUGUGAUGGCCAAGUUGAGGUUUACUACAAUGGAAUCUGGGGAAGAGUACAGGACUCCCUGUGGGAUCUGAAUGCUGCUCAUGUUGUGUGCAGAGAGCUGGGAUGCGGUUAUGCCUUGGAAACGCAUAACUCUUCAAACUACGUGGAUAGCAAUGAGCGUCCAUUGAUGCAUAGUAUCCAGUGUCACGGACAGGAAUCACAGAUCCGAGAUUGCAACAUUUCCAAUUCUUUGAAAUCGUCUGUGACUGACAGCGGGGGCGUAGGCAUCCUCUGUUCAGAACAUAUCCAGUUAAGGCUGUCAGAUGGAGGAACCCGUUGUGCUGGUCGAUUGGAAAUUUACUACAAAGGGACAUGGGGAUCAGUUUGUGAUGACUCCUGGGAUGUGAGAGACGCUGAAGUGGUUUGUAAACAACUGGGUUGUGGAGGUGCACUGGAAAGGGUCCUUCCUUCCUCCUGCGGGCCGGGCACAGGGCCAGUUUGGUUGAAAGACGUGAACUGUUCUGGAAACGAAUCAUUUCUCUGGGAAUGCCCUUCAGCACCAUUCGGUCAGCAAGACGACUGUUCUCAUAAAGAGGACGUAAAAAUAAUGUGCUCAGAACACAAGGAGAUGCGGCUGGUGAAUGGAAAGCAUCGGUGCGAGGGGAGAGUGGAAGUGUUCUACAAUGAGGCCUGGGGAACGGUGUGCUCAGAAAGUCUGGACUUCCACGAUGGGGAAGUGAUUUGUAAACAGUUGCAGUGCGGUGCUCUCCAGGACAUUGAUUAUUACACUAAGUUAUUCGGAGCAGGAACGGGACCUAUUUGGCUCGAUGACGUGGAGUGCCUGUCACACGAGCCAACGCUGUGGCAAUGUAAGAGAAAUCCGUGGGGUCAACACAACUGCGACCACAGGGAAGAUGCAGGUGUUGUUUGUUCAGGUAACACAGCAAAUCUAAAUUUUCAGUUGUCAUUUCAAAAACUGAUUUACAAUGGAGUCAACAUGUUCCUCCUCUUCACAGAGACCAAUGCAACAAAGGAGCAGUCCCUCAAUUCAAGUUCUUGCCAUCAGCAAGCAGAUUCGCAACACAGCGUGAGCCUGGUUGGAGGAAGCAGCAACUGUGCUGGGAGAGUGGAGAUAAUGUGCGAUGAAGGUUGGGGCGCGUUGUGUGGCGAUUCCUGGGAUAUAACUGAGGCCAAUGUUGUCUGCAGACAGCUGGGAUGUGGCUUCGCUCUAUCAUCCCAAGGAGGGUCCGCUUAUUCCCAGGCUAAAGGCAUAAUCUGGCAGAACGAUGUGAAGUGUAAGGGAAGUGAAUCCUCUCUGUCAGACUGUCUCUCCCUGGAGCUAAAGCAAAAGGAGUGUGAUCACAAGGGAAUUGCCCAUGUGAUCUGUUCUGGACCUGAUUUGUUGCUGCCAUCCCGUUCAACUCCACUUGCUGGACAGGCAAGGGCAUCUAUUUCCAUACCUGGCAUCAUCUGCUUAGCGUUGGCAGUCCUGUUAAUCUGUGAUGUGAUCGCGCUGCUGGUCGUAAUGCAGAGAAAAUAUCAAAGGAAAGGCCGUUACACUGGUGGCUCAAGCCUUGGUUUGUAUCAAGGAAUUUAUGAAGAAAUUGCGGACAUUCCCCCUGUCAAGAAGACUUCUGAGAAACAUGGGUCAGCUCCAGUUCAGGACCAUUACGAUGACAUUGAGACUGAAUCUCAGGAUGGUCAGUCACAAUUGGAAAGUAAUGCUGAUGAAUCCCUCGCACUGACAAAUGCUGAUGAUGGUCUUUGUUCAGUCGGUAAAUGUUAGAGUCUAUUUCAGCAUGGGCUGCCCCGAG